UCUUCACCUGUUUACGUGCGUUAUAGUAAAUCGUAACAACAAAUAUUCAUCAUGGCCGCAGUUUCUGGAUCAACAAACUCUCUUAAAAUCUAUUUGCUCUCUUUUGUUAUUUUCAUCUUCCUAUUGAUAUCACAAACCAAGUCUUCACCAGUUCCGCAGGAGUUUCAGAAGCCCCACUUCCAGGUAUAUACUCUUUAAUGAUUGAGAAAUUUGGGUGAGAGCAAUAGCGAUCGAUUUUGCAUUUGUACGCUUAACAAAUUUCCUUAAGUUUAAAUUUAUUUGUUUAUCAGUAGUCUGACGUAGUUAUACUUGCAUCAGGCAAUUGCAGAUUUGCUAUCUUUGGCGUAUUUCAUAUUCUAUCGAGUCCUUUGAAGAUAUCAAAUCACGUUACUACAUUCAUGUAAGACUCACCAACUCUGAUCUUAAGUCUGCUGUCGUUGUCAGGUGUAACAGUUUUCUGUCUUUUUAUGAAAAAAGCUAGAAAACUGUGAAAUGAUUUCCCCUGAGUGAAAGAGACUUGCCGCUUGUCAGUAAAUACCUCUUAAAGAAGGAUCACGGUUAAAUACAUCGGGCGAGCGUGGGAAACUGACGGAAAUUUGCAUCAGUUUCCGUGAUGAUUCGAACUCUAACUAGCUCGGAUAUUUGCAAUUUUUCGGUCAGAUUCUCUCAAAGAACUCUAUCUCGAGCUGAAGGCUCCAUAGCCAGUCGCCGUUCGGGAAAUCUGCCUACAUACCUCCUUGCACGGGAAGGAACGGAGGCCAAAUUCACUAAGAAAGUAUCUGGAAAUGAAAUCAGAUGAAAUCACUUUAUGUGAUCAAGGUUAUCGCUGAGGCCUAUGCAUUCUACUCUUGACAGGUGGAACAUAAAGCCGGUGUUUUAUCAAUUACGGCGACAAAGGAUAAAGCAGACGUAGAUGUAAAAUCUGACACCAUACGUUUGCUAGUCAAACCUGGAGAUAGACAAUAUCCGGUUGGUGAUGCACCGGAAGUCAAGACAGUCCACAUAGAAGGGAAUUACCCACAGAUUUACCCUGUGUAG